AUGGAAGUCAACUUGUUUUACAAGAUCUUGAUUGGUAUUGUCGUUUAUUGGUCACUUUAUGUUUCUUCUCAAACCUUUAUUCGUAAAGAUUCCAAGAUGGUACCUACUGUUUUUUCCUAUGUACCAUUUAUGGGCAACGCGAUUGAAUUCGGAAAAGAUCCAAUUUCUUUCCUCAAGAGUUGUCAAGCAAUUUAUGGCGAUGUAUUUACCUUUCAAUUGAUGAACAAGAAGGUGACUGCAUGUUUAGGUCCUGAUGGUAACCAAUUUGUGUUUAACGCAAGACAAACGCAUGCCUCUGCCGCUGCUGCCUACAAUGACAUGACAAAAUAUGUAUUUGGUAAGGACAUUGUAUUUGAUACAGCUCAUAGUAUCUUUAUGGAACAAAAGCGAUUUAUCAAAGCUGGUCUGAAUGUCGAGACUUUUAAAAAGGAUGUACCUUUAAUCUUGGAAGAAUGCGACUUAUUUUUUGACAAGUUUGAAAAGUCUGGAGAGAUUGAUGCUUAUCAUAUGUUUGGUGCUUUGAUUAUUAACACGGCUUCGCGUGCUCUUUUGGGACCUGAGAUUCGUAAUGCUUUAGAUGAUGGUGUUGCACAACUCUACUAUGAUUUAGAUCAAGGAUUCCGACCCAUCAAUUUCAUGUUUCCUAAUUUACCGCUUCCAGCUUAUCGUAAACGAGAUGAAGCCCGUGAGAAAUUAGCUGUGGUGUACGAAAAGGUUAUCAAGAAUAGACGGGAUAAUAAGGAAGUGCAUGAUGAUCUUUUACAAAGUUUGAUGGAUUCUAAAUACAAAGAUGGAUCUCCAGUUCCUGAUGCACAAAUCUGUGGUAUUUUGACCGCUGCUUUAUUUGGUGGACAACAUACAUCUUCUACCACCUCAGCUUGGGCUUCUUUAGAACUUGCACAUCGUCCGGAUAUUGUUAAGGCACUUCGUGAAGAAAUGAUUGAAAAGUUGGGAUCGUUGCAGGUAGAAUUUACGUAUGAGAAUCUGGACAAGUUGGAGUUAUUAGAAGAUGUUGUGAGAGAGACAUUACGUCUUCAUCCACCUAUUUUUAACAUGAUGCGUCGCGUAGUGAAUGAAGAUAUGUUGCAUGAAAAAUCUGGGCUGAUGAUCCCUCAAGGUAAUUAUAUCUGCGCUGCUCCUGGUGUAACCCAAAUUGAUGCCACGUAUUUCAAUGAACCCAUGAAAUGGAACCCUUAUCGUUGGUCCGAAAAGACCGAUCCCGUUCAUCAAUACGAGCAAGGAGACGAUGCUAACAUCGAUUAUGGUUUUGGUGCAGUCGGUAUCUCAUCCCGCAGUCCUUUCCUUCCCUUUGGUGCAGGUCGCCAUCGUUGUAUCGGAGAAAAGUUUGGUUAUUUACAGCUUAAGGCAAUCAUUGGUACAUUUGUCAAGAAGUUUGAUAUUGAAGGAACUACACCCAAUGUGCCUAAACCUGAUUACACAUCCAUGGUAGUUGUACCCGAGAAUAGUAAAAUUAAAUUUACCCGUAGAGUCUAA